AUGAGUGAUUCUAUAACACGUUCACAUCAUGUAAUACAGUUAACUCGCUCAACCGUCUUGGUUGAGCGAGAAACUGUAAGAUACUGUUAUUAUCAUCCCUACUCUACACGAGGUUAUUCUGAUUCAGCAGUCCCAGCAUUAGCUCAAAUUGGCUUUGAUACAUACGAAGCAUUCUCAGUGCCUCCAGAAAAUUUGGAACCAUACUCUAGACGAGAUUCUUCUCAAUUGAGUUUAUUUGAUACAUCCGAAUCAACCUCAGUUUUUUCAGCGCCUCCGGAAAAUUUGGAACCAUAUCCUAGGCGAGGUUUUUCUGGUUUAACGGUCCCAACAUCAGCUCAAUUGAGUUUAUUUUAUGCAUCCGAAUCAAUACCAGUUUUUUCGGUGCCUCCAAAAAAUUUGUAA